AUGGCAGGAAAUUUGCCAGAUUUAUGCCUUCUCGGUAUCUUCAAACAUUUGAAUGAUGAUUAUAAAACUUUGUAUUCUUGCACAUUUGUUAAUAAACGAUGGAGUUACUCAUCUAUUCCAAUAUUAUGGACAAAUCCGUUCGAGCUGAUCAGUUCAUUUAAAAAACCUAAACUUUUAAAACCUUUAUUAGAUACCUAUCUUUCUUUUUUACCUCAAAGUCAAUCACAAGAACUUGAAAUCAAACCAAGAUUUAAUCGAAAUACCAUGACCUUCAAUUAUCCUGUAUACUUUCGUCAUAUGAAUUUAUUAUUGAUUUUUGGUGGUAUAGAACAUUGGUAUCAACAAGAACCUACGCGUGAAAACUAUUCAUGUACUUUAUCGAAAGAAAUCUCAAUUUGUGAAGCAUUGGUUGAAUAUUUCUUUAUUCAUUCUUCUAAAAUUGACACACUUGUUAUUCGUAAUUUUGAUUAUUUUGACAUCUUAAACCUUCCUGGCUCUACAAAUGUUCUUUCAAAAAUUCACACACUAGUUUUCGAUCAUGAUGUUUUCAAUCAAUUUUCAACUUUAUCAAGUUUAAAUCAAAAUAUCAGAUCGUUAACAUGCUACAUUGAACCUCCUCAUCUCGGGUUAAUUGAUAGUUUAAAACAACUUAUUCGAUCUCAAAAAAAUUUAAUUGAUAUUACAAUCUCUGAACCUGAACCUGACGAAAGAGAAAAACCCUUUCCGAUGUAUUGGGAAAUAUUUCAUUCUUCAAUAAAUGUUACAUCGACAAUUACUUUUAUAGAGUUUGAAGGUAUCGAAUUUCCUCGAAAUUUUUCUUUAUUCCAUCAUUUAUCUUCAUUUAUCAAUUUACAAUACCUCAAAUUUAAUGGUUGUGAUUUAUUGGGUAUUUUUUACAUGAAAUUAAUUCCUAUCGUCCUUUAG